CGUCGUCAGUGCAGACGACACCACCGGGAUCCGGAGGUUUUUUUUUUUACGAUCUCGCGGGACCGCGAUACCAACGGCGACGGAUCGCGCGCGCUGCCGUAACACACGUAUGAUAAUAUAAUACCUACCUAUAUAUACGCCCGCCCGCGUUACCGUCGGACGUUUAGAUACCGCGCACAUCAGUAGCUGUUAUCGCGUGUACUUGUUUGUAUACAUUCAUGUAUAGGUACAUAUUGAGUGUGUGUGUAGGUUCACGAGUCGUCGACACUCGUACAGGUUCAACAUCGCCGCGGCGAACACCCGCGUCCUAACGACAUAAUUUUAUUGUAUAUACACGAUACGCGUAAAAAGCGACGGUGUGUGCGAUAUAAUAUACAAUAUUGUACGGGAAAAACGUCGGUACGAUAAAAUAUUGUUGUCGCGCUUCACUCGUGGGUAUAUUAAUUUAUAUCAAUAACUAACACACUUUUCGCGGUAAACUUUUGCCGCCACCGCGAAAACUAAUAAAGUUCGCGAGGACGAACGCGUCGUUGUCUCGAGUCUACACGACCGCGGAGGAUCGUACACGGCGUAUACCUACAAAAAUAUAAUAAUAUUUAUAGCGUAGUCCAUAACCGCUGUUGAAGUCUCAUCUUCGUCCGUUGUCGCGCCGAACCUUUUAGGUGUACAUUCGUUUUUGGCGGUGCCCGCACUGCAGUGCAGGUCUAGUGUUUGUAUAGUAUUCGACAGUCUGUAGAACUGUGGUGGUGGUCAGUGAGUGAGUGUGCUUCGACCGUCAAACGCAGUUUUAAUACAUGUGCCGGGAAAACGUUCUGUCACCGGCAAUCGGGACUAUGUGCCAAGAAUUGAAAAUGAAAACCAAAAGGAAAUGUUACAGAAAAUCCCCGUUGCCGAUGCCCAAAGAGAUGAGAGAGAGGAGCAGGAAUGCGGCAAGGACACGUAGGGAAAACGAGAACGCCGAAUUCCUAGAGUUGGCCAAACUCUUGCCAUUACCGGCGGCCAUUACUAGCCAAUUAGAUAAAGCUUCAGUCAUCCGGUUGACCACUAGCUACUUAAAAAUGAGACACGUCUUCCCUAACGGCUUAGGUGACGCUUGGGGUGCAGCGACUCCAGCAAAUCAUGCGAAAGAAGCUUGCAUUAAAGAGCUGGGUUCAUAUCUACUACAGGUAAAUAUAUUAAAGAGUCUUGAUGGUUUUAUAUUCGUCGUAGGCGGCGAUGGGAAGAUUAUGUAUAUAUCUGAAACAGCAUCUGUUCACUUGGGGUUAUCGCAGGUGGAAUUGACUGGCAACAGUAUAUUUGAAUAUAUUCAUCAAGCUGAUCAUGACGAAAUGAUAUCAGUGCUUAGUCCACCUCUUCCUCAAAAUCUUCCAGCGGAGAAUAUGAUGAUGAAUUCGACCGUGUUUGAACUUCAACGUGUAUUUUUUUUACGAAUGAAAUGUGUAUUGGCAAAACGGAACGCAGGACUUACCACAGGAGGAUACAAGGUUAUACACUGUUCUGGUUACCUUAAAGUGAGACAAUACCCUGCCGGAAUGCCCGGAAUAGAAACCGUUGGCCUAGUAGCAGUUGGUCAUUCAUUACCUCCACAUGCUAUCACAGAGAUUAAAUUGCACUCGAAUAUGUUUAUGUUCCGUGCGAGUUUGGACUUGAAGCUCAUAUUUUUAGAUGCCAGAGUAUCGCAGCUGACAGGAUACGAACCUCAAGAUUUAAUUGAAAAGACACUCUACCAUUACAUACACGGCAAUGAUAUUCAUAACAUGAAACUCUCUCAUCACACACUGUUACUGAAAGGCCAAGUAACAACAAAGUACUAUAGGCUAUUGGCCAAAGACGGUGGUUGGGUGUGGGUUCAAAGUUACGCCACCAUAGUCCAUAAUAGUAGAUCUUCGAGGCCUCAUUGUAUAGUUAGCGUAAAUUAUGUACUGAGCGAGUCUGAGAUGAAAGACGUUUGCCUGUCUGUGUGCAAUAACGGUUGCGCGACGUCACAGAACGGCAAUGAAGACGCGGCAAUCCAAAACAAACCCAGCAAAGCGCAACAAAACCAAAGACAAUCGAAUCAAAAUCACAGGUAUCACAGACCACCAGUGGUGACCGACGAAGAAUACAGUGAUUCCAGCGGUGGACUUUUCAACGACUACGUGAGCAGUAAUAGCGAACCGCAAUCGCUGGUCAACGGCCCCGUCGGCGGCGGUGACGGCAUUGGCCACCACCACCCGUCCCACCUGAACAUGAUGCAGGCGUCCAACAUAUUGUACGCGGCGGAGGAGUACAUCUACCCAGAACUGUUCUACCCGUACGACCAGACGUGCACGCGGCCGUUCAGCUCUGCGUCCAGCUGUUCCAGUUCGAACGAGAGCGACAGGCUGCAGCUGGCGCAUCAAGCCGGCGGCGGCGGUUACACGCCGCCCGCGGCCAUGCUCAUGACCGCCACCGGCCACCACGACGACCAUCACGCCGCGGCCGCGUACCAGGCGCUCACGCCAAUCGGCGCCUCCACGCCCGCGUCCGCCGUCGGCCACCACCACGGCGUCAUCGUCGACACCCAACACUACACCGCCGUCAACGAGUACGUCCACUGAUCGCCCGCCGCCGGACGUACUUGCGUAUCACGUCAUGACACGGAGUAGCUGUACUUUUUUCGCGGCAAAAUUCCAACGCGGAACGACCGCGGUUAUAUUAUACAUACUAGGAUAUUUAUAUACGUAUAUAUGUGUACAUAUAAUUUAGUGUAUAGAUUAUAAUAGUUUAAUAAUAGUUAUGAUAUAUUUUAAACGUUGAAUGUACAGUGAAACCUCUUAAUACCGGACACCGUCGGUUGUUGAAAUUUUCUCCACUUUUCGGAGGUGUUCGCUAUUUAGAAAUGUCAGUUAGGGAAGGUUUCGCUGUGUAUGUACGAGUAGAGCGAUAGCGUGUAUAAAUGAAUAAAAACUGCUAUAUAUAUAUAUAUAUCGGACGCCCUUGUACGGCCUAUGAACAUAAUAUUAUAAUGUUGUGUGUUGUACUCGGGAUAUCGCUCGAUCUGACACAGACCACGGGGCGGGUUGUCAUCAAUAAUAAAUUUCGUGCUACACGACCUUCGGCAAGGGGGUUGAUGGUUCAAAUGAGGACUGUGCGGGGACCGUGUGACUGUUCGCCGAAUACAUAUAUUGUAAGUUCACGGCUAUGUAUUAUAUAAAGCUGGAGACGGAUAUGAUGACGAGUAUACGGCACUCGACACGCGACCGACGACUACGAGUCGGUUCCAAUCAUCGAAUUUGUUUCCUAGUCGUAAAUAUAGGCAACGUACGAAUUGGUUCUGAUAAAAAAUUAAUUUUAUUUUUAAAAUUAUUAUGUCAUACGUGUAUAUUCGACCAACAACAAUUUAUUCCAUUUCAUUAUAAGCGGACUUUUAUGACUUAUAGUCUUAAUAAUCGGGUGUGGUUGCUAGUCACUUAAAUUACAAUAAAUAUACGUGUGACUCGUACACAGCCAAAACCCGCUCGUGGGUUUAAGUUGAUUUUAUAAAAUUUAUUAUGUCCGACGAAUAAUGUGUCCGGAAUCCGGAUUAUAUGCGCGUCAAAGUCGAUAAUAUCUACACUCUCGUCGUACACAGGGCAUACCGGCUACACAGUGUAUUCGAAAACGGCUUAAAUUUUUUUGUUGGAACGUUUCAAAACACUCAAUAGGCGCUACUCUGUAUACGCGCGUGCUGUAGGUAUAUUAAAAUAAUAUAAUUUAUAGUAAAUUUUAACUGUACAUAAUAUCUUUGCAAUGACAAUUUUACGUCAUGAUUAUAUAAUAAUAUAUAUAAAUAAGUAGAUUUAUACUUAUUAUUCCUGUUAACUCUGUAGAAUAUUUAUUUAUUAUUUAUUUGUACAUUUUAUGAUAAUUUUACCUAUAUAAUUUAUUAAUAUAGACAUGCAUUUAAAAAAAUA